AUGGAGGAUGAGAUCGGUAACCCCCCAUCCAUUGUCGGCAACACCAUGCCAUCUGCUCCUUACUCGCAUCGAGCACCCAGUCCGCCUUUUAUUCACAUUCCUUCCACCGGACACUGCGGGAACAUCAUCACUCCAAACCUGGUGCCUUCUUUCGAAAACGUUGACCCGGCUCAGUUGACGGCUGAAGAUGUUCUGAUCAUCACUCGCAACAUGAAGCAGACCGCGACCGACCGCACUUUCGACUGGUCUUACGAAAAGCGCCGCGAGGCUCAGGAGCUGACCGAUUUUUUGUAUCUCGGACCCAACUGCGUCGCGAGGGAUCAUGACUGGCUUCGUCGCACGGGAAUCACCAUGAUUUUGGUGGCCAGGGACGUUCGCAUGGGGAACACCAAGCUCAAUAGUGUUGAGAAAGCGGCUGCAGCUCUUGGCAUCACCUUGCAAUACGUCAAUAUCGGAGGCUGCGCGGAACUCAUCUCAAACUUUUCUCACGCCGUUCGCACCAUCAACCACCAUCUUCUCUCAAUCUACCACCGCCAGGUUCAAGAGAUCACCAAUGGCGGUUCCACGAUAGUCGACAGCAGCAAUUUCACCCGCGGCAAGGUACUGUUCACCUGCGAGACCGGAAACGACCGCUCAGCAGUUCUCGCGGCGGCGUACAUCAUGGCAGUUUUUGGAAAGGACAUGGUCACCGUCCUUCAAUUCAUUGGCAUUUCACGAUUCUGCUGCACUUUCGACGAGGAUAUGAAACGCAAGCUCCAGAGCUGGGAGGAUCUUACCCGUGCACGUGCCCAGGUGGCCAACACGCCUCAGAGCGUGCCACAGGCGAAGCGACAGAUUGACGACUACUAUCACGACGAUGAAUCUGAUUCAAACGACAUGCCUAUGGAUGUAGAUCGGGACCGGUUUGAGGGACGUAGCACUUUUGCUCCCUUUGUCGAUAUGUAA